UAUUAACUACACACUUCGCUUAUAAACUAAGUGUAUACAAAAAACACAGUUUCCAUUUUCCACAAAACACACACAGCCAAGGACUCGUAUAAUCAUUCAUCAAUCAAACAAUAGGAUAAAGAUAAAGUGGCCUUUGAUAACCUCAAGAGCCAUAUCUAAUUCCCACCAUAGAUAUGCCAAUCAUAACCCUCUAAGAUCCAAACACAUGUCCAUGUUUCACAGUUAAAUGCUUAUCUGGCACAAGAUAAUCAACUCGAUCUACUUCAACUACAUUCAUGUGGACUCACGUGUCAAUUUCCAAGCUUUAAUACUCCAGAACCUCUUAAAAAGUGCAUUACCUUUUGGUUCAUUUCAUAACUUGCUAUCUUCAUCAUAAUCUAGAUCUUACUAUAUAAUCUUACUUUUGAUCUGUUCAUAUUUCUAAAUUCUCAAGGUUUAUACAGUUGGAGUAAGAGCACAAGAGGGCUAAGUCAGAAGCUAAAAUCUGAAAACAGCAUGGAAGCAGCAGAAGAAGUGCCAUCAAAUGGCAGUAGCUCUAAUAUACUGGAUGACUCAACUUUCGUACACUCGAGUGAGCGAGCUACUCUACAGAGUUUGGAAGCAGAAGCAGUUGGAAACGGAGAACCAGAUGUCGAAAGCAAUUCCCUACACCAACCUCUCUUAAAGCGAAACAGAACUCUCUCUGCUAGCCACUUGGCUAUGGUGGGAGCUAAGGUUUCAUACAUCGAGAGCCUUGAUUAUGAAAUCAAUGAAAAUGAUCUAUUCAAACAGGAUUGGAGAAGUCGAUCAAAAACCCAAAGAUUACAAUAUGUCUUUUUGAAAUGGAAACUUGCAUUUAUGAUUGGUUUAUUAACUGGUCUUAUUGCCACUGUCAUUAAUCUUGCGGUAGAGAAUAUUGCUGGAUACAAGUUACUUCUUGUAUCAGGCUAUGUUCAGCAGGAGAGGUAUAUGAUGGGGUUGAUUACCUUGACAGGGGCCAAUUUCCUAUUGACUUUGGUUGCUACAGUUUUAGUUGUUUUCUUUGCUCCUACAGCUGCUGGGCCUGGUAUACCUGAAAUAAAGGCUUAUCUAAAUGGAAUUGAUACCCCAAACAUGUACGGAGCACCAACGUUGUUUGUCAAAAUUAUUGGGAGCAUUGGGGCAGUCUCUGCUGGCUUAGACCUUGGUAAAGAAGGACCUUUAGUGCAUAUUGGAUCGUGCAUUGCAUCCUUACUUGGCCAGGGAGGAACAGAGAAGUAUCGUGUCAAAUGGAAAUGGUAUCGUAUCAUGAACAACGACAGGGAUCGGAGAGACCUAAUUACAUGUGGUGCUUCAUCAGGAGUUUGUGCAGCUUUUAGGUCUCCAGUAGGAGGAGUUCUCUUUGCUUUGGAAGAAGUGGCAACAUGGUGGAGGAGUGCUCUCCUUUGGAGAACUUUCUUUAGCACAGCAGUUGUGGUUGUAGUGCUUAGAGCUUUCAUUGAGUACUGCAGUUCUGGGCAAUGUGGGUUGUUUGGCGACGGAGGACUGAUCAUGUUUGAUGUGAGCAAUGUUACUGUACGUUAUCGCUUAAUGGAUAUCAUUCCUGUCGCCCUCAUAGGACUUAUUGGUGGUGUUCUCGGAAGUCUAUACAACUAUGUCCUGCACAAAGUUCUCAGACUCUACAGUCUCAUCAAUGAGAGGGGAAAGCUAGCUAAGAUCCUUUUAAGUCUUUCAGUCUCUAUUUUCACCUCUGUAUGCAUGUAUGGCUUACCGUUCUUCGUGAGUUGCACAAAAUGUGAUCCAUCGCUACCAAGCUCUCACUGCUCCACAACUGGAAGAACAGGGAACUAUAAGAGAUUCAACUGCCCAGAAGGCUAUUACAACGACCUUGGCAGCUUACUCUUUUCCACUAAUGAUGAUGCUGUUCGGAACAUCUUCUCUACUAAUACCGCAGGAGAGUUUCACCCAGCCUCUCUAAUAAUAUAUUUUGUACUAUACUGCAUCUUGGGGCUCUUUACCUUCGGCAUUGCUGUACCCUCUGGAUUGUUCCUACCUAUCAUUCUCAUGGGUUCGGCAUACGGGCGUUUGCUUGGCAUUGCUAUGGGAAGCUACACUAGCAUUGAUAUGGGGCUUUAUGCCGUCCUUGGUGCUGCAUCGCUCAUGGCUGGUUCGAUGAGGAUGACUGUGUCACUUUGUGUAAUUUUCCUCGAACUCACCAACAAUCUAUUAUUACUCCCCGUAACAAUGCUUGUGCUUCUUAUUGCCAAAACCGUAGGGGAUUGCUUCAACCCAAGCAUCUACGACAUUAUACUAGAGCUCAAAGGGUUACCUUUCUUAGAUGCAAACCCUGAACCAUGGAUGAGAAAUAUCACUGUCGGAGAGCUUGCUGAUGUGAAGCCUCCACUAGUUAGUCUUCGAGGAGUCGAGAAGGUAUCUCACAUUGUAGAUGUUUUAAAAAACACUACACACCAUGGUUUCCCCGUCAUAGAUGAUGAUGUUACAAUCCCGACAAGUGAUGGAACUAAGGCGAGGGAGCUGCAUGGACUAAUUCUAAGAACUCACCUCGUUGCUGUGUUGAAGAAGAAGUGGUUCCUGGAGCAGCCUAGAAGAACAGAGGAAUGCGAAGUAAGAGGAAAGUUUAGUUGGGUUGAAUUGGCGGAAAGAGACAUCAACUUUGAACAAGUUGCCAUAUCAAAGAGUGAAAUGGAGAUGUAUGUUGAUCUUCACCCUUUCACAAACAAAACUCCUUAUACAGUGGUGGAGGACAUGUCCGUAGCAAAGGCGAUGGUGUUGUUUAGGCAGGUUGCACUUCGUCAUUUGCUCAUUGUGCCCAAGUACCAAGGAGCAGGGAUAUAUCCUGUAAUUGGAAUAUUAACAAGACAAGAUUUAAGAGCUCACAACAUUAAGACUGUUUUCCCUCAUAUAGCGAGACCAAAAGGGCGAGAAAAGCAAAAGUGAGUUUUUCCAAAUGAUCAGAUUAGAGAGUUUGUCUUCUCAGAUCCAUAAAUUUGGUGUGCAUUCUUUACACACAUUUUUUAUAUUGCAUUCUUUUUCAGAUUCAUAUAAUGUUAGUAAUAUUUUGCAUUCUUUUUUCAUAUGAUUUGUGCCGAGGUUGUAUAGAAAGUACAUUUUAAGGAAAACCGAUAAGAUAAGUUUGUGUAGGCUCGUCCAAAUUUUACAUUUUGUGUACCUACAAAAGAUUGGUAUUGUAUACUUGAGUACAACAAAAUCAGUAGCAUGCAUUAUGCAGCAGCACAUCUCCUCUUGAUUUGUGUAUCUUGUAUUGAACUUUUCUACUCUUGUAAUGUAAAAACUUCGCAUUUGCGACAUAUUUUCUUUUGAAUUAUCAUUAUCAAUUUUGUAA